AGGCAGCACCAGUUGGCUAUGGCUCCACAACUGCUGCUCUCCAAGCCGCCCCUUCUCUCUUCAUGGCAGCAUCGAGUGACAGCGGGCUAGUCGACACAGAUCCAGGUCGAGUUAGCAGCAUGACAGCCAUUAACUCGGGUCCGGUCGGAGAGGUGGGCGGCGUGAGGCUGCCACUGCAGUCACUACAUGGAUACGGAUCUGUGUUCAUGUACUCGGCGUCGACAAGUCCCGGGGGUGGAGGUGGCCAGAGUAGCGGAGGCGGAGGUGAAGUCACUCUCCGCCUCCGCGAACCCGAGGACAUUCCCGAAGAGGUCCUCGCCCGCCUCGAGGACACCGCCACCCUCUCCAUCUCUCUUCAAAGCGAUGCAGUCCUGAGGCUAGGGGCGGCUGGCGCAGGAAAUGGGAACUUGGAGUUGUUUGAUAGUGAGAGCGGGCCGGACCUCACGCUAUCACCUCAAACCUUCACGUCAACGGCGGAGGCCUUCAUCAAUGACAAUAGCGACAGUCUCGGGGUUCCAGGAGACAACGAUACCGGUAGCAGCGAGGAAUCGAGGGCCGGUGGCGGUGAUCCUGGGAAGCUGGGAGUGAAGAAAUCGAGACUGAAGGCCUCCUCGCCGAACAGGCAGGGACCACAGCAGUGUCAGAUCUGCGGGAAGGUGUUCAACAAUGCAUCGGCGCUUACGAAGCACAAACUGACGCAUAGCGACGAGAGGAAAUAUGUGUGCACGAUGUGCGGCAAGGCGUUUAAACGGCAGGAUCACCUGAAUGGACACAUGCUGACACAUCGAAAUAAAAAGCCGUACGAGUGCAAAGCCGAAGGAUGCGGCAAGUCUUAUUGCGACGCGAGGAGCCUGAGGAGGCACACGGAGAAUCAUCAUGCCGGCAGCAAAAUCAACGACAUCAUCGGUCCUUGCAGCCCCACGACCGGGCCUCAUACGCCUAAUACCCCCGGAAGCAAUCCUAGCACACCAAGCACACCUGGUGCAACCUCCACGACGAAUGGUCACGGGCAUGCAGCCUUGAAGCAGCUUCUUUCCACCGAACCCGCGCAAACGCAACAGCAAAAGAGCGCCACGUCUCCUGGUGCCAGUAACGAUGGCCUCACAAAACAACAGCUGGAGCUCAUCCAGCAGAUCAUGCAGCAAACGCAACAGCAGACAACCACGCAACAGCAGCAGCAGCAGCAACGGACCGCGACUCCCUCGGCAUCGGUAGCCACACAAAUACAAAAGACACAAAAACCGUCCAUCAAAUCCACCGCGUCGUCCGGCAAUAUUUCCAACAAUUCCGCAAGCGGAAAUCCGACCAACAGUGCGAGAUCGAGUCCGAAACCGAAGAUGUGGAAUCACUCUCAACAUCACCAUGAUCAUCAUCAACACCUACAGCAGCAGCAGCAACAGCAACAGCAACACCAGCAACAUCCAUACCAACAGCAACAACAACAGCCGUACUACGGGCAUCACCAUCAGUACCAGAGCCAACAUCAUCAGUACUCGCAGCAGUACUCACCGGAUUAUCUCUAUCGAUUUUCCCUUCAGCAACAACAGCAGCAAGCGCAACAGCAGGCGCAACAGCAACAGCAACAACAGCAGGUCGGCUCGCCGGGAAGCGGAAAUGUAGGGAAGGGCAGUCCAUCUUCCGGUAAUUCGUCUUCCCCCGGAACGGUCACUACUUCCAACAAGACCCAAACGGAACCGAAACCGGUGGAGUGCAAUCUGUGCCAUCGAAAAUUUAAAAACAUACCCGCCCUUAAUGGCCAUAUGCGACUCCACGGCGGUUACUUCAAAAAGGACGCGGAGAACAAGAAGAGCGAGAAGAAAGAGGUCGUUGGGCCACCUCUGCAAACGGCGUCCGUCAGCGUGAGAGCGCUCAUCGAGGAGAAGAUCAUACAGAAGAGAACGACAGCAGUGGACGCGAAUGGCAAUCAACAACCUCGUACGAAUACUACCGCUUUCACCACGCAAGCCGAUGCCGUUUCGCAAACCGUCGUCAAGACGAAUUUUGCGGUUCCGGCUCCGCCGCCUUUGGCGGCGGGGGAAAAGGUGCGUCGGUUUUCCGAUGGUGAACACUUCCGGCAGCCCAAUGUCACCGUGGGCCACACAACUGUACAGAAACACUUGCAGGAAACAUCAAAAACUCAAGCUCAAGCACAAGCGCUUGCCGACAUGAUCCUGAAGGGUACGAAGGUGGCUGUGAAGAGAACAAUCUCUGAUCCAGGACAAAGAUUACACUUAACUUAUCAGCAACCUGUACAAUCAGCGACGACCAACCAACAACCGAAUAAUCAGCAGCCACAAGCACAACCUGCGGUAACGGAAAGCUUUACGAUGACAGGAUACGCCGAGGACGGUGGUUACUUCAGCCCAAGUCUGCAGGACGAAGUAUUUCAACAGGUUACAACGGUUCCUGAUAGCGUGCUCCUACACGCUACCCACUUGGAUUCGAUUCAGUUUCAGACGGCCAAUCUGUUGCAAGAACAAUCUGCCGAACAGCUGCAAGAUAUCACACUGGAAGACAGAUACUCCUCGCAGCACACAGUCAAUCCAGAUCUUCAAGCGUUGGUGAACUCGCCGUUACCUGAUUCUCUGGCCGAAUUUAGUACUUACGCCGCGCAAUACACGGAAAGUCCUCAUACGUUACCAACUCAAUCGCCCCUACCGUCGCCUUUAACGCGACACGAUAGCCCGAGCUUUACGUAUCCGACGCCACCGGCCAGCCAGGAAGGCUUGCUCACCGGAAGCCUGCCGUUGCUAAGUCCUCAGGAAGAUCCGGAGAACGUGAGACACGUGUCAUCGCCGCUCUCGGCGGCAUUUUACACCACCACGAUGUCGUCCGCUGCAGCCGUGGAGGAGGCGUUGAACGAAGUGUUACCGGGUGAAUCCGAUGCAGAUGCGGACCUCUACGGGUCCGGUUCGCCAAAUCCACACUCGCCACUGCCAAGCCCGUUGUCAGCGACAUCGGCGCCGUCGCCGCUGCCACCGUCCUCUGUCUCGUCGCCGGGACCGGUUGCCUUUACGGGCACUAACUUUCCCGUGUCGCCGCAUAAUGCGCUUCAAAAUCAGAUGAUGCCGAACUCGGAGGAUCCUUUACUUUCCUCGACCUCGAAGGACUUUGCCGCCUCCGGUCGUAGACGAUUCGAGUUCCAAUCGUACAAAGUAAUUACGAGCCAAAAUUUGAUGGACUUCGGUCUUGGAAACGGCAGCGUAGCUGGUAUCGUCGUCGACAACAACGGCGACGUCAAACUGAUACAGACAGCGGGUCUGCAGAAGGCGAAUGUGUACGUGCAAGCGGGUUCUCUCAGUCCUGCGCUGACAUUCAAGAAGGAGAUCCGCCUAGCGACACCAAAAAUCGAACCCGUAACCGUGAAUCUCGGCCUGAACGUUCAAACGACAAAUCAGCAGCAGUGCAACGUGGGACAGUUUAAUCAACAGCAAAUUGUUAACCCGGCCAAAUUUUUCAUUCAAAAUAAUCACACGACGAAAAACAAUAUCUUGAGACAUAAAACGGUCACCGGAAAUUUACCGAUACCUAUCGAUCAGAUCAAACAGGAGAUGUUAGAUGAGGACGUGUUUCUCAGUCCUGGCAGUUUCCCCGCCAGCAGCCCUGUGCGACACUAUCGGAAGAGGCCACGCAUGGAUAGCGGCCAGUACACCAGUAGUUCACAUUCUUAUCCAUCGCGUUUGCGAAAAGCUUGCGACCGCCACUGGGACAGCAGCUACACACCGCCACCGAUCCUAGACCCAUCUCGUCCCGGUCCGGGGCUGUACGCGAGAUUGCAUCAACACGAGAGAGACUCGGACUUUAGCUCAGACGAUUCUCAAGGAAACGACGGUCCACCGCCAAGAAUCAACAUCGGCACGAGAUAUCAAGCCAUGAUACCUCCGGUGGAGUAUGACGGAGACAGGGGAAACGACGGGCCCGAAGCCGAUCAUCUUCUAUGGGAUCCCGGCAUAAACAAUGUACUCACGAACACUGAACUGGAGAUGUACCUGCAGUUCGCGUGUUGCGCCGCGGUGCCGGGUGGUGGUAGAAACAAGGAAUAUGCGCUUCAUCUGUUGCAUAUGUGCAAAGGGAAUAUUCAUGAAGCGAUGGUGAAAUUGAUGCGACCAACGCCUACACUACCAAUGGAGCAUCCUCUGCUCAGUUACGAGUGCCACGAAUCCGAUAGAUGGACGUCACAUGAAAUGGACGCGUUCUAUCAGGGACUGCUCAAGUACAACAAGGACUUCUCCGCGAUUUCGCGGGACGUCGGUGCCAAGACUGCGAAACAAUGCGUGCAGUUCUACUACCUUUGGAAGAGGCUCUGUCCUGACGAGUACAAGAGUCUGCGUAUUUGUCACGGAAAAGCGAAGAUCAAGAACGAAAUUAAAGAUAGCAAAGAUACCAAAGAGCUACGCGACGCCAUCGCGUCCGUGUCGGAAAUGGACUUUAGUGAAGACAAAUCGAUCCUUCAUCGUACACUGCUACAAUCAAGCGGAAGAGAAAAUUCGGCGACUCUGACCACUAGCGAAGGAGAGCUGAGGUUAUUCGCAUACGACUGUACAGAUAGCUUUAGCGGAAGUGUAACAGUAACGAUGGCCGGAAGCACCCAAACCGCCCAAAUCGGCAAUACCAGCCACGCCACAGUCAACACCAACUCACAAACUCACACUAGUUCUGAGCAACAACUACCCGUGCCUACCCCACUUCACUACCCCUGCAAGAUUUGCGGGAAAGUUUUCAACAAAGUAAAAAGCAGAAGCGCACACAUGAAAUCCCACAGGCCAAUACCCUUACCCGAUUCAACGGGUCAGGAAUCUAAGCGAUCCACGCAACAACCGUCGAAAGCGCAACAGCUGCAGCAGCCAAUGCCAUCGCAGCAAAGCCAACAACAGCAGCAACAGCCUGACAAUGCUACACCGCAAGCUCAAGAUCAUCAACAACAACUGCCCGCGAGUAUCAGCGACAACAGCGCCAAAAAUACAGCACAUUUAUGUCAUAAUCCUACGAGGCCCCCAUAGGACAGGAUUCAAGUAAUUAAACUUAAGCUACCUUAACGAAGGCUGUAACGGUACUGUAGGAAAGUAAUAUGAUCGCGCAUGGUAUAUAAACCAGGCUCUAAACGAUCGCGAUCGUCGCACAAUCAUUACGUUGUGGGAAUAUCUUUUUACGAGACCUUUGCUUACAAUGGGGCAGGUUGCGUGAGUAAACUUCCAAGAUAGAUAGUUUCGAAAAAAAACGCAAAUAUCUUCCGCUAUAUAUGCGAAACUAUGCAAGAGAGCGUGACUGGUAAGUUUAUCCAGUCAGAUGAACUAAAUGGUUUUAUGAGACUCAUAUGGAAUAUGUAUCGUAAUCGGCCGUUCAGGUAAAAAGAAAAAGACAACACCUAUUGUAAAUGGCAACUAAGUACGAGGAGUUGUAGAACUCGUAGGGUUUAAUGGCGCAGCGAUAGAAGGUAUUUAAUUAUGCAAUCAUAAUUCGAGCUCUGUUCAACAAGGAGACAGGGUACCGAUCGUAAACAUCUUCCUUAGCGUGGAAGACGAGAUGUCGGCAUCAGUGUAAGAAAAAAACGGUCAGUGUCAUUGAAAGAUGAAGCAAAUUUACAGACUUUGCAUUUUGUUGAAAAAAAAAAAGGUAAACGCGAUCGUUUAACAUUGCCUAAAAAAAUCAAACACAACUUGAUAAGUAGAUGUACGAAAACGUAUGUUCGCAACAAUGAGUGCUAAAUCAACAAAACUGAAAAGGAUUGACGUGCACCUACAAUAAGCGCUCUAACGAUUAAAUGCGAUUUCAGUGUACCUAUUUAUUAUGCACGUGAAAUGUUCCCAGAUUGUGCCACAAGACAUUACUGUUACCUGUUGCCCUUCCGCAAUUUAAAAAAAAAUAUUUUAGGUUGUUUUCUCUUUCCCCAUUACAACCGGGAUCAGUUUACAUGUGAUGGUAUUAUUUAGAAUUUCGU